AUGUCUGAUGAUGCCGCUAACAAGAUUAGCAUCCAAAUGAAUGACGGAACCGAAUCCAUGACUCCCAACGAGAGAGACAGAAUAAUUAAAACGAACUCGAUUGGCAAAACGGUGGAACAUGAGGACCCCAAAGAAGAAACACCACCGUAUGGACGAUGCUACAGCGAUGUGAGUAGCUAUUUACCCCCCGAGUCGUUCUCUCGUUUCGGCAGCAUAAGCGGAACAAAUGAGAAUCUGUACUGUAGUGGGAAAAGUGACAACGAUAUUGAUGAUGCUACCGACGGGGGGGACACUUCCCCAGAUGCAAUCUCUGCUGACGGCGCCACCGCCAACACGUCUUCCUUUGAUGGUACUUCCGCUGGUGGUACUUGUGCCGAUGUCGUUUUCGAGGCAGAUGGUCUAACGGCCUACCCAAAUGGCAAUGACGGGGAAAACCUCCCCACCCAACACGGAUGCGAGAAUUUAAAAUCGCACAGCCUUGGCCUAGGACUCCGAAAUAGCAAUAAAACGGAUUCUCCCAAAAAGGAGAUGAAAAACGUCAUGGGUUACAACUACUUCACACUAAGACAACAACUGAUGAAAGCAGACGACUCGAAAAUUUUAAAAAACAUCCCCCUGAGUAUCUUCGUGGGGACAUGGAACUGUGAAUACUUUGACUUCUCCAAGGAGUGCUACAACGAAAAGAAAGCGUAUACUUCUAACUACCUUAGCGAAAACUACAGUGAGAACGUAUACGGUUCAAAGGUAAGUGAUAGGUUCUCGGUUAGAUCUAUGACCCCCUCCUCCUUGAGAGUUAAGGCGGUGGGAAAUUAUAAUAAAAUAGGGGGAUCCUCUAGUGUGGAUAGUUUUGCAUCUGCUGAUGAGAGAAGUGCAAACUACGCGUAUGAAGGUGUCUUCGAUGGAGAACUAAGAACUCUUACAGAAGGGGCAAAAAAGAAUAAAAGCAGUCCCCCCCCAGUGCGUGUCAUCCCAUGCAACCACAUCGAAGAGGGAAAAGUAUCUCCAAGUAGUCCCAACCAGUUAGACAAUAUACGGGUCACACAGGGGGGGGAUUCAUCGUGUGACUCGUCCAAUUGGGAAGAAGGCGCAAAUUUAUGUAAAGGUGGAAGAAGCACCAGCGAAUGCAGAAAUAAGCUGCGUAGAUCCCUCUGCGAUGUAGCCAUCCCCAAUGAGAGAAUAAAAUUCAGAAGUCAGCUUCCGGAGGAAAUCACCAAUAGGAACACAUGGGUUAGAAGUUUACCACGGUACGAUAUUCCCAGGGAAGGCACCCGAUCGAAUGAGUGCAACACUUAUUGCAUAUCCCCCAACCGGAAGAAGGUAGUUAGCAAAACGGGAACGAUGGGGAUGACAAAGGAAGUACAACCAACCGACCGGGCAAAAGCACAAAUGGAUAACCCGAGACGAGGGCAAAUAGAAAAACCGAAACCAGUGGACGAUAAAGAGAGGGAGAAGAGCAAUGCUAACCCUUUCCAACAGCCAAGGGAAAACAAUUCCAAUCAGAGACCAUCCCAAUGCAGGGAGAAGCAAAUAUUCUCUACUUGGAUUCAACCACACUACGACAUCUACAUCAUAUGUCUACAGGAGUCCAUUUCUGAUAACAUCAUCGAGUGUUUAUCUCGCCACCUGAAGGAAAUAAAUCAAGAGACGUACAAAUUUUUACCCUUGGCUGAUUGCAAACUUUCUGGAUAUGGGGACGGGGCGUUUCUUCAGAUGAAGUCAACCACGAUGGCUGCCUGGGUGAGGACGUCAAAGUUGUAUCCAAAUGGUCCUGUAAAAUUAUGCGCCUCAAAAUCUAUCGCCUUUAAUAAGUUAAAUAAUAGUAAAGGGUGUGUAUCCAUUCUGUUCAGCAUUUUUAACCAGUUCAUUUUAUUUAUCGGUUGCCACAUGCCAGCGAAGGAUCAGGAGAUAAGACAGAAAUCCAGAGAAUUUAUUCUCACCAAAUUGAGUGAAUAUUUCAGUAACAAAAUUACCUCCAAUUUUAAGGACGUUUUUCAUCAUGUCAUUUGGAUGGGAGACUUCAACUUUAGGGUUCAAGGGAUACGCCUAGACAAAGCCGUACGUUGUUUACAGACGAACAAUUUGAAGGAGCUCCUAAAAUACGAUGAAGGGAACUCUGCCUAUUCGUACGAUUUGUCUAUAAGCUUUCAGGAACUACCCAUUUGCUUUCUCCCCACUUAUAAGAAAAACGGCAACAGACCCGUUAUCAACCGGAAUGACGCCAACUGGGUGCAGAAGGAGUACAAACUCGUCCACAAUAUUAAGUGGUACAAGGGUGGUCGGCAAGAGUCCCGCAUCCCCUCGUGGACAGACCGCAUCUUCAAAUGGUCGUGCGAGAAAACCAGAAGCUGCCUCAUCUUCGUGCCAAACUCUUACCUAUCGCCACUACCGGAGGAGCAAAGCAUCCUCAUGGCCAGCGACCACAGCCCCGUUUCCUGCUGCUUCCAAAUGUACAUGAUGAAAAACGAAAGGGAAAUCCCCAUGACGAAGGUCACACUGGGCAAGUCGACCGAGGGUUGUCUAGCCGAAAAUUCAUAA